UGACACACCCCCUGAUCUGCUGUAUGCGCCCCUCAGAUCAGAUCAACUAUCAGAUGGUUGUAUUUCCUCAUCAGUGAAGAACGCAGACAGGCUUUUCCGGUCAUUCACUACGUACCGAUGAUAGGCAGGAGAGGGACAGCUGAUCGCCGCUGUUGUGAUGAAGAGGAUGAGACUGUCCUGUAGCGGAUCAUCGCCAAGACUGGACUGUUGUUGAAGACUCCCCCCAUUUUCUCUUCGGAUGUUAAGAAACCGACACAAGCUCCAUGACCCUCCACUGUGAAGACUAGAACACAUCCAGACUCCUAUAGUUUAUAAUCCUGACAUAAUGGGGGGGUCACUCUGGACUUCCCAUCGUGCCACUGGAGUAGUGUUCAGAAGAAGGAGCUUUAUCACAGUUCUACCUCUGGCUUUAUUGUUGUCAACAGUGAGAGGCAGUGCACAGUUUAUGGGAAGCCCUCUGGACUGCCACAAGACUUGUGUGUGUGCCAGCAACAUCGUCAGCUGUUCCAAGAUGAAUCUAUCCUACGUUCCCACCGCUCUUCCACAAUAUACAGCUGUUUUGGACCUCAGCUUCAACUUCAUCACCAGGCUACGGGCUGAGUGGACCCCCAAAAAUCUCAGCAGACUACACAGUCUGCUGCUCAACCACAACGGCCUCACCUUCCUCUCCUCUGAGGCAUUUGUGUAUGUGACGAAGCUUCGUUACCUGGACCUUUCCUCUAAUGGCCUCCGCCUGCUGGACGAGGUCAUUUUUGAGCCUCUGAAGCACCUGGAGGUGCUGCUGCUUUAUAACAACCGCAUCUCUCAGAUAGAUCGCUCCGCCUUCUCUGGCCUAGUCAGACUGCAGAGGCUCUACCUGAGCCAGAACCAGAUCUCACGCUUCCCCUUGGAGCUGGUGAAGGAGCAGAGCCGACUGGAAACUCUUAGACUGCUGGAUGUGUCCGCCAACCGAAUCAAAGCCCUGCCCCUGCGUGAGCUUCAGGCUCUGCCCGCCUGGAUCAAGAACAGCCUGUACUUCCACAACAACCCUCUGCCCUGCAGCUGUGAGCUGUAUGACGUGGUGGCACACUGGCACCUCAAGGAGCUCAGCUCUGUCACUGACUUCAAGGGCAGCCACACUUGUGUGCUACCAGGUCUGCAGAAGGAGAAAAUGGCCAUACUGGAUCUAGACAAGGUCUAUUUGAACUGCAGUGAGGUCAGAAUUAAGGAUGAAGAAGCCUAUCUGGAGCAGUUCCUGGUCCUGGACUGUGACACCAAGCAAAAGGAUGUGGUGAAGAGCUGGGCGCUGCCUGGAGACAUCCCAGUGUCUCCGGCAUACAAGACUGCCGUGAUGCGUCCUGGUGGCAGCCUCCAGAUUGGGCCCUUGAAGGUAGAGGACUCAGGGGUCUACACCUGCUACGCCACCAGCGACUCCUUCAACGAGACGCUGUAUGUAACUGUGGUGGUGUUUAAUUCCACCACGAGUGGUGGAUUGGAGAACCUAAAAACAGCUUACACCACCCUCAUAGCAUGUCUGGUCAGUGUCGUGAUGGUUCUCAUCUACCUCUAUCUCCCACCCUGCCGCUGCGCUUGUUGUCCAGGUCAGGGUCUGGAGAAAAGCGACCCCGGAGACAGCCUCCACUCUUCAACUGUUAGCAUCUCUCAGGCAUACGAGGAGACAGGGCAAGAAAGAGUGGAGGGCGGAGGCUUUCCCUACAGACAUGUGGCCCUCCUGGAACCCAAGGACCAGCUGGAGCAGAACGGGAGGUUGAACCCAAUAGGCGAGGAAGAUGAGGAGUGGCAGGGAGACAACAGGGAGAGAAGGAGGGCUGACGCAGAGUCUGUCAGCUCUGCGUGCUCCGAUACCCCCAUGGUGGUGUAAAAGUCAGAGGCACGGCCUGCGGGGUAAAACAGGGAUGGCUCGAUCCAUGUGGCUGCUCCACAGAGAUUUGCGUGCUUUGAAUGUGUGCAAGAUUCAAAAGUUAGCAUCUUCCAAACAAAGUUAAAGCUUUAGUUGGCUCUCACAGCUGGUGGCACUGUACUGUUGAUAGAAAAUAAAAUGCAAUUAAUGCUCCUAUUAUUUUCAGUAGUGUCACUUCUACUGCAAGUUAUUGGCUGGCCCUGCAAGAAAUUGCUAUGCAGCAUAAGAGUUUGAAAUAUUUUUUGCAUUUUUGAUAGAAGUCCAUCAGAAAAUUAAAAAAGAAAAACACUAACCCUCAGCACUAAUUACUCAGAGACAACAAAGAGCAUGAAAACAUUUUUGAUGUUAUUCCUCAACUUAGCAGGCUUCUUUUAUCCGCUGGGGAUCACGGUACUACAAAGAUUGAAAGUUUUAAAGAUGUUGGAUAGAAGCUGCUGCUUGAGAGAGAAGCUAAUUUUUAUGCAGAGCUUGAAGAGCUCACUUAAUUAUUACUGCAAGAUAUUUAAUUUUAAUGCUGUGUUUUACAUUCCUGUGUGGUUCUGUUGGCCUUUACAGGACAUGAUACUGUAAGGAUUACUCUUAUGCAAUCUUAUCUAUUUAUAUAAUUUUAGAUUUGAGUGUGAUUUAAUGCUCAAUGAAUAAUAUGUGUGUUUGCAGUAACUGACCUUCUGUUUUUAAAUACUGCUUUGACAAUUUCUUUAAACCUUGUCUGCAGGUCUAUAUUAAGUCGUUUUGGAUUCAGCAUAAUUACAGAAUCAUCAACCCAACUUCUUGCAAUUCACUCAUAAUCAUAAUUUCUAUUAAAUUUAGUUUGAAUUGUUGAUAACAUGAUAAGCAUGAUAACAAAACGUUUUCAGAUAAACCAGACUACAUCCAGUGUUGUGGCAAUUACCCACAAUGACCACAUACAUACUGCAGGUAUUACUGAAACUGAUAUCUAGUUGUUUACAUCAAUAUAAAUACAACUAUUGACUAUUAACAGACAAAUGUAUAUGAAAUAUUGACUUAAGAUGAGCCAGUUAUUUCACCCAGUAAUUUCAUCGCAUGAUACUUUACAGGUGACGCUGCAAAAUAUAUAUAUAUAAAUAUAUAUAAAUAAAGAAACACUGUUAUAUAAUAUUGAUGAGAUCCAGUAGUGCACAAUAAUUGUUACACAAAGAUUUUGAUUUCCUGAUUGCAACAUAUCUGCUUACUCUAACCAUUGUAUGGCCUCAUAUGCAUUUAUGCCCUUUUUUUUUUAAAGGAAGGAGGAAGUUUCUUUCAGAGCACAUAUUUAUUAGUACAUUAACAUUUGCUGCAUGGUCUGCAGAGAUAUCACAGUUUCCGGUUCAGAAAAAAAUAAGCAUUGUAAUGAGCUAAAGGUCAUUUAAAGCUUAAAAAAACAUUCCACAAGUCAGCAAAGUCACCCAGCUUUCCAGACUUUGUCUCCUGAUGGCAGAUUUCAGCCUCAGUUCUUCAGUUUGAACUGUUUAGAAAGGGUUAAUCAUGUUCAAAAAAUACUAUAAUGGCAAUUCUAGUUCAGACUGGAUACAUGACAGUGAGUUCAAAUUCCUAAAAUAAACCUACAGUGUUGUUACGAUGCAGUUAAAACGAUAUGUUAAGUGUGAGAUUCAGAUUGGUAACAUAAAUGUACAUCCUGCCAUAUCAGACAGUUAAUAGCAGCCAGGAAGCAUCGCCCGGGGGAAACAACUGAGAGCGAGUACCAUCUACUGAAAGCUUCUAGGCAUUAGUGCCCAACCCUGAACAAAUCAGCAAAUGUCAGCCAGCCAGUCAGCAGUCUCAUAAACACAGUCAGAAAUAGCAGCUAGUAGUGGAGCCAGCACGCAGGCUGCCUCACAGAGCUGAAAUGUAAAUAUAGAAGUAGCAGUUUUCAAACACAUCUUAAUUUUAGUUACAUUGCUAAAAUACCUUCAAAUUGUUGAUUUUAGAGACUCACAUCAAAAUCUGUUGUCCAUCGUAUGUGCACACAUGGAUAGAAAUCAGGAAAAAACAGGAGAUAAAGUCCUGCACAAACUUAAAUUUGCUCUGGCUCUGUUGCCUGCUAAUGAAUGAUUAUCAUGGAACAUAGUUUAGAGUAAUACUACUACUAAUAAUAGAAAAAUAAUACCUAGUAGUAAUGAUAAUAAUGAUAAAAACUGCUAGCUGACAUUUUACUCAAUAAAUUCCAGCUGCUCAUUACAGAUCACACACACAUGAUAACAGUGAAGCAAGUUAACAGCAAAACACACCAAUCCCACAUGAGAGGUGUAGCAAUGUACAGUAAAUGUACUUUUAUUUUGAAAGAACUAGUAUUUGUAUCUUUUCACUUUUCAUGGUGCUUUUUUAGGAUAAUUUAGGUUAAUCAACACCUUAAUUAAAUGUCUCCAUGGGAAUUAUAGCACUGAACAUUGUCAUGACAUCGUGAGGAUGGUCUAAUAGCAUAAUGUAGCUACAUCAUGAGCAACUUCAUUGAAUUUAUAUCUCUCAAAAGGAGCACAUACUGUAUCUACUGUAUGCUAAUGCUGUAAUAUCUUUUUUUUUCCUAUGAAAGGUACUGAUAACCAAAGACUGAGUUACAUGCUGAGAAUUAAUAACCUACAUGUUCAGUGUUUACAGUCAGAACAGUUAUAUUGUCAUCAGUAUGUUUAGGUUACCUACUGUAUUUCUGUGUAAAGACACAAACUUUAAUUUUAAUAUAUGCAAUCCUGUAUAAGGACUUACUGUAUUUUAUUAUUUGCUGUAUUAUAUCUUGUCUAUUACUGCUAUUGCUCCUGUAUUUCAUAAACUACAAAAAUAUGGCAACAAAGAAUGAGUGAUAUCCACUAUAUUCCUGUAAGGUGAAUGCAAUGAAUCUGUCAAACAGCAGUUACAGAACUUUAAAAAAUAAAAGUUGAAGGAAUA